AUGCACUGGCGACGAAAAAAUCCGUUCAGCGCAGUUCUUCUUGCCAAUCACCAGCUGCUAGCUGACUACGUUGUAGUAGCAGCUCUAGCACAUAAGUCGAGAAAAGACGCCAGCGGGAAGAAGCUCAUACAGAGGGAGGCCACGCCUCAAGUGAACUUCUUCACGUGGUUCACGUUGUCAAAGGCUCCGUCAGUAAAGACCCUCAUCAACAUGCUUCGGUGUAAUGAGAACUGGGAACUUCAGCUGCAGCAGAGCGAUAGGUUGUUCAGACGGGUGUGUGCUUCGAGUGCUCCAGAGUGGGUGGUGCUAUUCCCAGAAGUGAAUAUUUGGACAGAGGAAACCGCAUACUUGCAGUCGAUCCACUCACGAAGGUACUUCCUUCCAAGAAUGACGCUGGUGUUGUAUCCAAGGUUUUCGAGUCUUUACAACACAGUUUGGCUGUUGAAAAAAGAGCGAGCUUUCACAAAAAUCCCCAAAUUCACAAAUUUGUACGACUUGCUGAUCGUGCACAGCAAGCCGGUGACCUUGCUUGAGUUUUUCUCAUGCAAGGGAGGCCACAAAGUUGUCGUUAAUGUCAAGCAGAGAUCAUUUCAGAAAGUGCCCCUUAGAAGGCCAAAGUUGGAGAAGUGGCUCGAAAGCUGCUGGGUGGAAAAGAACAAGCAGAUCAGGGGCAUGAAAAAUACCCUCAAAACCUAA